AAAAGAAAUAAAGUAUCCAAAUUCCCCUGUUUCUCUUUAUUUAUUCAAUUCUCAUCCAACUGUUGCUUCCCUCCCAUCUUUCUCUCUUUCCUCUCCUUUCUUCUCUCUCCACCGCUCACCGGUCCUUGCCAUGUGGACGCGACUCUAACCGAUUCGUCGUCGUUUUUGAUCAAUCAACUCAAACUAUAUAUCACAAUAAACUAAAUUAAUUAAUCAAGGAGAAAUUUAAUUAUUAAUCAGUUAAUUAAUUAAUUAGCAAAAGCUUACAUGGAUAACAUUGCGGCGCAUCUGAAGCGCGGAAUCUCACGGCAGUUCUCGAUGGGAUCGAUGAGGCGGAGUCUGACGCGACAGAUAACGCGGCAGUCGUCGUUAGAUCCGCGGCGGAACAACAUGCGGUUCAGCUUCGGGAGACAGUCGUCAAUGGAUCCGAUACGGCGGAGUCCGGUAUCAGACAAGUUGACGGUGCCGGAGAACCUCGACUCGACGAUGCAGUUGUUGUUUAUGGCGAGUAGAGGCGACGUGAAGGGAGUCGAGGAGUUGCUCGACGAAGGUAUUGAUGUGAAUAGUAUCGAUCUCGACGGACGGACGGCGUUGCAUAUAGCGGCUUGUGAAGGGCACGAGGAGGUCGUUAAGCUGUUACUUCAGAGGAAAGCUAAUAUGGAGGCUCGUGAUCGUUGGGGCAGUACGGCAGCUGCUGAUGCCAAGUACUAUGGAAAUGUAGAAGUUUACAAUAUUUUGAAGGCCCGUGGAGCCAAAGUUCCGAAAUCCAGGAAAACACCCAUGACUGUGGCACAUCCUCGAGAAAUUCCUGAGUAUGAGCUUAAUCCACUAGAACUUCGGGUUCGGAAGUCUGAUGGUAUUGCAAAGGGCUCAUAUCAAGUAGCAAAAUGGAAUGGUACUAAGGUUUCUGUAAAGAUACUUCAUAAAGAGAGCCUUUCUGAUCCUGACACCAUAGAUGCCUUCAAGCAUGAACUUACUAUACUGGAAAAGGUCCGGCAUCCUAAUGUGAUUCAAUUUGUUGGAGCAGUGACCCAAAAUUUACCCAUGAUGAUUGUUUUAGAGUAUCAUCCAAAAGGUGACUUCGGAAGCUACCUUCAACGGAAAGGACGUCUAUCUCCAUCAAAAGUUCUUAGAUUUUCUCUUGAUAUUGCUAGGGGCAUGAAUUAUCUUCAUGAAUGUAAACCAGAUCCAAUCAUUCAUGGUGAUUUAAGGCCAAAAAAUAUUUUGCUGGAUAGUGGAGGUCAGUUGAAGUUGACUGGAUUUGGAUUGGUACAUUCAUCAAAAAUUUCACCUGGUAUAUCACCAGCAGAGCAGCCAGCAGUUCGUAUGGAGUCUGCAAAUUUUUAUAUGGCACCUGAGGUGUAUAAAGGUGAAAUGUAUGACAGAUGUGCGGAUGCUUACUCUUUCGGAGUCAUAUUAUAUGAGAUGAUUGAGGGAGUACAUCCUUUCCAUCCCAAAAGCCCUGAAGAGGUUGUAAAACUUAUGUGUUGUGAAGGAAAGAGACCACCAUUCAAAGUAAAAGCACGAAGUUAUCCUCCGGAUUUAAGAGAGUUGAUUGAUGAAUGUUGGAAUCCCAAACCUUUAGUUAGGCCAACUUUUUCUGAGAUCAUUGUAAGGUUGGACAAGAUAGCUUCUCAUGGCUCGAAAUACGGUUGGUGGAAAGACACUUUCAAGUUUCCUUGGAGAUAGGAGGAGGCAGUCGGUUUCUUCACGAAAAGGAAAUCGGAUUAAGGUUCGGAAACUGAUUGGUUUCAGUCAAGAGAGGUAUGGAGAUCUUAUCUUCUACUAGAAUUACGCUGGAAACAAUAAUGAGAGGAUUUUUGUGUCGAAAAUUGAAUCGAGUUUCUUAAACACACCACAAAAAAGAAAAUGAACAAAUCGAUCUUCUUCACUUGUCGUCUGUACUCUAAUGGGCUGGAACAGUUCCGUUUCUGUUGUGUUGCUUAAAUGUGUGAUAAAGAUUUUGCUUUAGAUCAAAUUGUAAGUUACACAUAGAUUAAAGCAAAAUGAAUGCUGUACUAUCUAAUGUAUCAUUAGCCUAAGUUUAAUGCUAGUUGAACAAAUUUAGAUCA